AAGGUUUUUUAUUUGGGCAUGUUUGUGCAUUUGUGAGAGAGUUUUUGCACGUGUGUGUGUGUGUGUGUGUGUGUUUGUGUGUGUCUGUGUGCAUGUGUGAGUGUGUCAGAGAGAGAGAGAGCCUGAGGAGGAGCAUCAGCAGAUCUUCAGUGGUCUUCACUCCUCCAGCUCCUGCUCUCCUGCAGUCAGUCCUCCGGUGUGUUUACCUCAGUCAAGAUGAUUUCGGAUCACUCUGGAGUUUGACUCGACUCAGAAAAUGAUUCACAAGAAGAAGAUGUCUCUGUGGGUUCUGGUGCCCAUCAGCCUGCCAAUAUUCACACUGCCUGGAAUCUGGAUCAUAUAUGCCAUGGCCCUUCACAAUCAGCACGUGUGUCCUGUGAAUAACUGGGUGUAUAACUCAACAUGUGAGAAGUCUUUGGAUCUUCAGCGUGGAUCUGAUUUGUGCUGUACACUGGAUAACAUCCCUCUCAUCAGUAAGUGUGGCGGUGUUCCUCCAGAGAGCUGCUGGUUCAGUUUGCUGUGCAGUGCUGCUUCAUUCAUUGUGAUUGUGAUUGGUCUCCUGCGUUACGCUCAGCUCAUCCAUAAACACACCAACAGUGUGUUGAACAUCGAGGGUCUGUUUGCUGGAUGGCUGUGUGCCGCAGGACUCAUGAUUGUGGGAAACUUCCAAGUGGAUCAUGCUAAAGUUCUUCAUUAUGUGGGCGCGGGUCUGGCCUUUCCAGCCAGUCUGCUGUUUGUGUGUGUGCAGACGCUGCUGUCGUACCGCGCAUCAGAAACACACAGAGACGUGCAGAUCGCUCACCUGCGGCUUAUUCUCACUGCUAUGGCCUUCACUACACUCACUCUCAGCGGUGUGUUUUUCAUCCAGGAGAGUUUCGUUCUUCAGCAUGCUGCAGCCAUACUGGAGUGGAUUUUUGCCAUCAUCGUGCUGGUGUUUUACAGCUCGUUCUCGCUGGAGUUCGGCUCCAUUUCUUCAGAAACACUCGCAGCAAUGAUGACCAAGCAAGACGGAGCCACCGAGGAGGGACGCAAACUGGAGAAAGUCUAGAAAACAUCUGUGAACAUCAGCCUCUCUGUAGACAGAUUACUGUGAAACUUGAGUUUCUGUCUUGCUUUUAGUCCAAAUAUCUAAAAAUUCUUAAAUGGAGCAGUAUUAAAGGGGAGCAAUAAUGCAAAACUGACUUUUACAAGGGGAUGUGUGUCAGCAGUGUGUGAAUAUCUCCAGCCUCUAAUGGGAAACAUGCAUGAAUUCUAUAUUCAUUUAUAAUCAGACUUGAUGAUGAAACACUUUGAUUGACAUUCUCCCUUUAUACAUGUCAUCAGAGAGGGAAAGCCCCGCCCACUAGUCUCUAUCUCAUUAGCAUAAACGGCAGCCCUGAGUGAGAAGCAGCCGUCUGUCCAUUAGCCAUUAGAGUGUUUGAGCUGCUGAAGAUAAUGUCAGCAUAGACUAAGAGGAUUAUAGAUGUGGAGUUUUAGAUCAACAGAGACAGGAGCGACAUAGACUGACAGAAGACUGAAGCACACACUGAAGCACACACUCACACCUUGAAUUAAGAACUUUAAGAUAU